AUGGACGUGGACCUGGACGUGGACAUGGACGUGGACGUGGACGUAGACGUGGACAUGAACGUGGACAUGGACGUGGACGUGGACAUUGACGUGGACGUGGACGUGGACGUGGACAUGGACGUGGACGUGGACGUGGACGUGGACGUGGAUAUGGACAUGGUCGUGGACGUGGACGUGGACGUGGACAUGGACGUGGACAUGGACGUGGAUAUGGACGUGGACAUGGACAUGGACGUGGACGUGGACUUGGACGUGGACAUGGACGUGGAUGUGGACGUGGAGGUGGACAUGGAUGUGGACAUGGACGUGGACGUGGACGUGGACAUGGACGUGGUCGUGGAUGUUGACGUGGAUGUGGACAUGUAUGUGGACGUGGACGUGGACAUGGACGUGGACAUGGACGUGGACGUGGACAUGGACGUGGACGUGGAUGUGGACGUGGACAUGGACGUGGAUGUGGAUGUGCAAGUGGACAUGGACGUGGACGUGGAUGUGGACGUGGACGUGGACGUGGACGUGGACGUCGACAUGGACGUGAACGUGGACGUUUACGUUGACAUGGACGUGGACAUGGACGUGAACGUGGACGUGGACGUGGAGGACUUGGACAUGGACAUGGACGUAGACGUGGAUAUGGACGUGGACAUGGACGUGGACAUGGACAUGGACGUGGACGUGGUCCUGGACGACGUGGACAUGGACGUGGACAUGGACGUGGACAUGGACGUGGACGUGGACGUGGAGGACUUGGACGUGGACGUGGACGUAGACGUGGACGUGGACAUUGACGUGGACGUGGAGGAAUUGGACAUGGACAUGGACGUGGACGUGGACGUGGACAUGGACGUGGACAUGGACGUGGACAUGGACGUGGACUUGGACAUGGACGUGGACAUGGACGUGGACGUGGACGUGGAUGUGGACGUGGACGUGGACGUGGACAUGGACGUGGACGUGGACGUAGACGUGGACAUGGACAUGGACGUGGACGUGGACAUGGACGUGGACGUGGAGGACUUGGACGUGGACAUGGACGUGGACGUGGAAGUGGACGUGGACAUGGACGUGGACAUGGAAGUGGACGUGGACAUGGAAUUGGACGUGGACAUGGACGUAGACAUGGACGUGGACAUGGACGUGGACGUGGACGUGGACGUGGACGUGGACAUGGACGUGGACGUGGAUGUGGACAUGGACGUGGUCGUGGAUGUGGACGUGGACGUGGACGUGGAGGACUUGGACGUGGACAUGGAUGUGGACGUGGACGUGGACGUGGACAUGGAGGACAUGGACGUGGACGUGGACGUGGAGGACUUGGACGUGGACGUGGACGUGGACGUGGACGUGGACAUGGACGUGGACAUGGACGUGGACGUGGACGUGGACCUGGACAUGGACGUAGACAUGGACGUGGACAUGGACAUGGACGUGGACGUGGACGUGGACGUGGACAUGGACGUGGAUGUAGACGUGGACGUGGACAUGGACGUGGACGUGGACGGGGACGUGGACGUGGACGUGGACGUGUACGUGGACAUGGACGUGGACGUGGACGUGGACAUGGACGUGGACAUGAACGUGGACGUGGACGUAGACAUGGACGUGGACGUGGACGUGGACAUGGACGUGGACGUGGACGUGGACAUGGACGUGGACGUGGACCUGGACGUGGACAUGGACGUGGACGUAGACGUGGACAUGGACGUGGAUGUGGACGUGGAGGAAUUGGAGGUGGACGUGGACGUGGACGUGGACAUGGACGUGGACGUGGACGUGGACGUGGACGUGGACAUGGACGUGGACAUGAACGUGGACAUGGACGUGGACGUGGACAUGGACGUGGACGUGGACAUGGACGUGGACAUGGACAUGGACGUGGACAUGGACGUGGACGUGGACGUGGACGUCGACAUGGACGUGGACAUGGACGUGGACGUGGACGUGGACGUGGACAUGGACGUCGACAUGGACGUGGACGUGGACGUGGACGUAGACAUGGACGUGGACGUAGACGUGGGCGUGGACGUGGACAUGGACGUGGACGUAGACGUGGAUGUGGACGUGAACGUAAACGUGGACGUGGACGUGGACGUGGACGUGGACGUGGACGUGAACGUGGACGUGGACGUGGACGUGGACAUGGACGUGAACGUGGACAUGGACGUGGACAUGGACGUGGACUUCGACAUGGAUGUGGACGUGGACGUGGACGUGGACGUGGACAUGGACGUAGACGUGGACGUGGACAUGGACGUGGACAUGGACGUGGACGUGGACGUGGAGGACGUGGACGUGGACAUGGACGUGGACGUGGACGUGGACUUGGACGUGGACUUGGACGUGGAUGUGGACGUGGACAUGGACAUGGACGUGGACAUGGACGUGGACAUGGACGUGGACAUGGACGACUUGGAAGUGGACGUGGACGUGGACGUGGACAUGGACGUGGACAUGGACGUGGACAUGGACAUGGACGUGGACAUGGACGUGGACAUGGACGUGGACAUGGACAUGGACGUGGACGUGGACGUGGACGUGGACAUGGACGUGGACGUGGACGUGGACGUGGACAUGGACGUGGAUGUGGACGUGGACGUGGACAUGAACGUGGACGUGAACGUGGACGUGGACGUGGACAUAGACGUGGACGUGGAUGUGGACGGGGACGUGGACGUGGACGUGGAUGUGGACAUGGACGUGGACAUCGACGUCGACGUGGACGUGGACGAGGACGUGGACGUGGACGUGGACGUGGACGUGGACAUGGACGUGGACGUGGACGUGGACGUUGACAUGGACGUCGACGUGGAUGUGGACGUUGACAUGGACGUCGACGUGGACAUGGACAUGGACAUGGACAUGGACAUGGACGUGGACGUGGUUGUGGACGUGGACGUGGACGUGGACAUGGACGUGGACAUGGACGUAGAGGACUUGGACGUGGACAUGGACGUGGACGUGGACAUGGACGUGGACAUGGACAUGGACAUGGACAUGGACGUGGACAUGGACGUGGACACGGACGUGGACGUGGACGUGGACGUGGACAUGGACGUGGACGUGGACGUGGACAUGGACGUGGACGUGGACGUGGACGUGGACAUGGAUGUGGACAUGGAUGUGGACGUGAACGUGGACGUGGACGUGGACAUGGACGUGGACGUGGAGGUGGACGGGGACGUGGACGUGGACGUGGACGUGGACAUGGACGUGGACGUGGACGUGGACAUGGACGUUGACAUGAACGUGGACGUGGACAUGGACGUGGACGUGGACGUGGACAUGGACGUGGACGUGGACGUGGACGUGGACAUGGACGUGGACGUGGACCUGGACGUGGACAUGGAUGUGGACGUGGACGUGGACAUGGACGUGGACGUGGACGUGAAGGACUUGGAAGUGGACAUGGACAUGGACGUGGACGUGGAUGUAGACGUGGAGGUGGACGUGGACAUGGACAUGGACGUGGACAUGGACAUGGACAUGGACGUGGACGUGGACGUGGAUGUGGACGUGGACGUGGACGUAGAGGUGGACGUGGACGUGGACGUGGACAUGGACGUGGACGUGGACAUGGACGUGGACAUGGACAUAGACGUGGACAUGGACAUGGACAUGGUCAUGGACGUGGACAUGGACAUAGACGUGGACAUGGACAUGGACGUGGACAUGGACAUGGACGUGGACAUGGACGUGGACGUGGACAUGGACGUGGACGUGGACAUGGACAUGGACGUGAUGGACAUGGACGUGGACAUGGACGACAUGGACAUGGACGUGGACAUGGACAUGGACGUGGACAUGGACAUGGACGUGGACAUGGACGUGGACAUGGACGUAGACGUGGACGUGGACGUGGACGUGGACGUGGACAUGGACGUGGACAUGGACAUGGACGUGGACAUGGACAUGGACGUGGACAUGGACAUGGACAUGGACAUGGACGUGGACAUGGACAUAGACGUGGACAUGGACGUGGACAUGGACGUGGACGUGGACGUGGACGUGGACGUAGACAUGGACGUGGACGUGGACAUGGACGUGGACAUGGACGUGGACAUGGACAUGGACGUGGACGUGGACGUGGACGUGGACGUGGACGUGGACGUGGACGUGGAUGUGGACGUGGACGUGGACGUAGACGUGGACGUGGACGUGGACGUGGACAUGGACGUGGACGUGGACAUGGACGUGGACAUGGACAUAAACGUGGACAUGGACAUGGACGUGGACGUGGACGUGGAUGUGGACGUGGACGUGGACGUAGACGUGGACGUGGACGUGGACGUGGACAUGGACGUGGACGUGGACAUGGACGACGUGGACAUGGACAUGGACGUGGACAUGGACGUGGACGUGGACAUGGACAUGGACGUGGACAUGGACAUGGACGUGGACAUGGACGUGGACAUGGACAUGGACGUGGACAUGGACAUGGACGUGGACAUGGACAUGGACGUGGACAUGGACGUGGACAUGGACGUAGACGUGGACGUGGACGUGGACAUGGACGUGGACAUGGACAUGGACGUGGACAUGGACAUGGACGUGGACAUGGACAUGGACGUGGACAUGGACGUGGACAUGGACGUGGACGUGGACGUGGACGUGGACGUGGACAUGGACGUGGACAUGGACAUGGACGUGGACAUGGACAUGGACGUGGACAUGGACAUGGACAUGGUCAUGGACGUGGACAUGGACAUAGACGUGGACAUGGACAUGGACGUGGACAUGGACAUGGACGUGGACAUGGACGUGGACGUGGACAUGGACAUGGACGUGGACAUGGACAUGGACGUGGACAUGGACGUGGACAUGGACUUGGACAUGGACAUGGACGUGGACAUGGACAUGGACGUGGACAUGGACAUGGACGUGGACAUGGACGUCGACAUGGACGUAGACGUGGACGUGGACGUGGACGUGGACGUGGACAUGGACGUGGACGUGGACGUGGACGUGGACAUGGACGUGGAGGUGUACGUAGACGUGGACAUGGACGUGGACGUGGACGUGGACAUGGACGUGGACGUGGACGUGGACAUGGACGUGGACAUGGACAUGGACGUGGACAUGAACGUGGACGUGGACGUGGACGUAGACAUGGACGUGGACAUGGACGUGGACAUGCACGUGGACGUGGACAUGGACGUGGACGUGGACAUGGACGUGGACCUGGACGUGGACAUGGACGUGGACGUGGACGUGGACAUGGACGUGGACGUGGACGUGGACGUGUACGUGGACGUGGACAUGGACAUGGACAUGGACAUGGACGUGGACAUGGACAUGGACGUGGACAUGGACAUGGACGUGGACAUGGACAUGGACGUGGACAUGGACAUGGACAUGGACAUGGACGUUGACAUGGACAUGGACGUGGACAUGGACAUGGAUGUGGACAUGGACAUGGACGUGGACAUGGACGUGGACAUGGACGUAGACGUGGACGUGGACGUGGACGUGGACAUGGACAUGGACAUGGACGUGGACGUGGACAUGGACGUGGACAUGGACAUGGACGUGGACAUGGACGUGGACAUGGACGUGGACAUGGACAUGGACGUGGACAUGGACGUGGACAUGGACAUGGACGUGGACAUGGACAUGGACGUGGACAUGGACAUGGACAUGGACAUGGACGUGGACAUGGACAUAGACGUGGACAUGGACAUGGAUGUGGACAUGGAUAUGGACGUGGACAUGGACGUGGACAUGGACGUAGACGUGGACGUGGACGUGGACGUGGACAUGGACGUGGACGUGGACAUGGACGUGGACAUGGACAUGGACGUGGACAUGGACGUGGACAUGGACGUGGACGUGGACGUGGACGUGGACGUAGACAUGGACGUGGACGUAGACAUGGACGUGGACGUAGACAUGGACGUGGACGUAGACAUGGACGUGGACAUGGACGUGGACAUGGACGUGGACAUCGACGUGGACGUGGACAUGGACGUGGACAUGGACGUGGACGUGGACAUGGACGUGGACAUGGACGUGGACAUGGACGUGGACAUGGAUGUGGACGUAGACGUGGACAUGGACGUGGACAUGGACGUGGACAUGGACGUGGACGUGGACAUGGACAUGGACAUGGACGUGGACAUGGACGUGGACAUGGACGUAGACGUGGACGUGGACGUGGACAUGGACGUGGACGUGGACAUGGACGUGGACAUGGACAUGGACGUGGACAUGGAUGUGGACAUGGACGUGGACAUGGACAUGGACGUGGACAUGGACGUGGACAUGGACGUGGACGUGGACAUGGACAUGGACGUGGACAUGGACAUGGACAUGGACAUGGACGUGGACAUGGACAUGGACGUGGACAUGGACAUGGACGUGGACAUGGACAUGGACGUGGACAUGGACGUGGACAUGGACGUAGACGUGGACGUGGACGUGGACGUGGACAUGGACGUGGACGUGGACAUGGACGUGGACAUGGACAUGGACGUGGACAUGGACGUGGACAUGGACGUGGACGUGGACGUAGACAGGAACGUGGACAUGGACGUGGACAUGGACGUGGACGUGGACAUGGACGUGGACAUGGACGUGGACAUGGACGUGGACGUGGACAUGGACGUGGACGUGGACAUGGACGUGGACAUGGACGUGGACAUGGACAUGUACAUGGACGUGGAUGUGGACGUGGACAUGGACGUGGACAUGGACGUGGACAUGGACGUGGACUUGGACAUGGACAUGGACGUGGACAUGGACGUGGACAUGGACGUGGACGUGGAUGACUUGGACGUGGACAUGGACAUGGACGUGGACGUGGACGUGGACGUGGACAUGGACGUGGACAUGGACGUGGACAUGGACGUGGACGUGGAUGUGGACAUGGACGUGGACGUGGACGUGGACAUGGACGUGGACGUGGACGUCGACAUGGACGUGGACGUGGACUUGGAGGACUUGGACGUGGACGUGGACGUGGACAUGGACGUGGACAUGGACGUGGACAUGGACAUGGAUGUGGACAUGGACGUGGACAUGGACGUGGAUAUGGACGUGGACAUGGACGUGGACGUGGACGUGGACAUGGACGUGGACGUGGACGUGGACAUGGACGUGGACGUGGACGUGGACAUGGACGUGGACGUGGACGUGGACGUGGACGUGGACAUGAACGUGGACGUGAACGUGGACGUGGACGUGGACAUAGACGUGGACGUGGAUGUGGACGGGGACGUGGACGUGGACGUGGAUGUGGACAUGGACGUGGACAUGGACGUGCACGUGGACGUGGACGAGGACGUGGACGUGGACGUGUACGUGGACGUGGACGUGGACAUGGACGUGGACGUGGACGUGGACGACUUGGAAGUGGACAUGGACAUGGACGUGGACGUGGACGUAGACGUGGACGUGGACGUGGACAUGGACAUGGACGUGGACAUGGACGUGGACAUGGACGUGGACGUGGACGUGGACGUGGACGUAGACAUGGACGUGGACAUGGACGUGGACAUGGUCGUGGACGUGGACAUGGACGUGGACGUGGACAUGGACGUGGACGUGGACGUGGACAUGGACGUGGACGUGGACGUGGACGUGGAUGUGGACAUGGACGUGGACGUGGACGUGGACGUGGACGUGUACGUGGACGUGGACGUUGACGUGGACGUGGACGUGGACGUGGACAUGGACAUGGACGUGGACAUGGACAUGGACGUGGACAUGGACAUGGACGUGGACUUGGACAUGGACAUGGACGUGGACAUGGACAUGGACGUGGACAUGGACAUGGACGUGGACAUGGACAUGGACGUGGACAUGGACAUGGACAUGGACGUCGACAUGGACGUGGACGUGGACAUGAACGUGGACGUGGACGUGGACGUAGACAUGGACGUGGACAUGGACGUGGACAUGGACGUGGACGUGGACAUGGACGUGGACGUGGACAUGGACGUGGACGUGGACGUGGACAUGGACGUGGACGUGGACGUGGACGUGGACGUGGACAUGGACGUGGACGUGGACGUGGACGUGGACGUGUACGUGGACGUGGACGUUGACGUGGAUGUGGACGUGGACAUGGACGUGGAUGUGGACGUGGACAUGGACGUGGACGUGAACGUGGACGUGGACAUGGACAUGGACGUGGACGUGGACGUAGACGGGGACAUGGACGUGGAGGUGGACGUGGACGUGGACGUGGACGUGGACGUGGACAUGGACGUCGACGUGGACGUGGACAUGGACGUGGACGUGGACAUGGACAUGGACAUGGACCUGGACGUGGAAGUGGACGUGGACGUGGACGUGGACAUGGACGUGGAUGUGGACAUGGACAUGGACGUGGACGUGGACAUGGACGUGGACGUGGACGAAGACAUGGACGUGGACGUGGACGUGGACAUGGACGUGGACGUGGACGUGGACAUGGACGUGGACGUUGACGUGGAGGACUUGGACGUGGACGUGGACAUGGACGUGGAUAUGGACGUGGACGUGGACGUGGACAUGGACGAGGACGUGGACAUGGACGUGGAUGGACACAUGGACGUAGACGUGGACGGGGACGUGGACGUGGACGUGGACGUGGACAUGGACGUGGACGAGGACAUGGCCGUGGACGUGGACGUGGACAUGGACGUGGACGUGGACGUGGACGUGGACGUGGACAUGGACGUGGACGUGGACGUGGACGUGGACAUGGACGUGGACGUGGUCAUGGACGUGGACAUGGACAUGGACGUGGACAUGGACGUGGACGUGGACAUGGACGUGGACGUGGACAUGGACGUGGACGUGGACAUGGACGUGGACGUGGACAUGGACGUGGACGUGGAUGUGGACGUGGAGGUGGACGUGGACGUGGACGUGGAUAUGGACAUGGACGCGGACGUGGACGUGGACGUGAAUGUGGACGUGGACGUGGACAUGGACGUGGACGUGGACAUGGAUGUGGACAUGGACGUGGACGUGGACGUGGACGUGGACCUGGACGUGGACGUGGACAUGGACGUGGACAUGGACGUGGACAUGGACGUGGACGUGGACAUGGACGAGGACGUGGACGUGGACAUGGACGUGGACGUGGACGUGGACAUGGACGUGGACGUGGACAUGGACGUGGACGUGGAUAUGGACGUGGACGUGGACGUGGACGUAGACGUGGACAUGGACGUGGACGUGGAGGACUUGGACGUGGACAUGGACGUGGACGUGGACGUGGACGUGGACGUGGACAUGGACGUGGUCGUUGACGUGGACGUGGACAUGGACGUGGACAUGGUCGUGGACGUGGACAUGGUCGUUGACGUGGACGUGGACGUGGACAUGGACGUGGACGUGGACGUGGACGUGGAUGUGGACAUGGUCGUGGACGUGGACGUGGACGUGGACAUGGACGUGGACAUGGACGUGGACAUGGACGUGGACAUGGACAUGGACGUGAACGUGGACAUGGACGUGGACAUGGACGUGGACGUGGACAUGGAGGUGGACAUGGACGUGGACAUGGACGUAGACGUGGACGUGGACAUGGACGUGGACAUCGACGUGGACGUGGAGGACUUGGAGGUGGACUUGGACGUGGACGUGGACGUGGACAUGGACGUGGACAUGGACGUGGACAUGGACGUGGACAUGGACGUGGACAUGGACGUGGACGUGGACGUGGAGGACUUGGACGUGGACAUGGACAUGGACGUGGACGUGGACGUGGACAUGGACGUGGACAUGGACGUGGACAUGGACGUGGAUAUGGACGUGGACAUGGACGUGGACAUGGACGUGGACGUGGACGUGGACGUGGACAUGGACGUGGACGUGGACGUGGACAUGGACGUGGACGUGGACGUGGACAUGGACGUGGACGUGGACGUGGACAUGGACGUGGACGUGGACGUGGACGUGGACGUUGACGUGGACGUGGACGUGGACAUGGACGUGGACGUGGACGUGGACGUGGAUGUGGACAUGGUCGUGGACGUGGACGUGGACGUGGACAUGGACGUGGACAUGGAAGUGGACAUGGACGUGGACAUGGACAUGGACGUGAACGUGGACAUGGACGUGGACAUGGACGUGGACGUGGACAUGGAGGUGGACAUGGACGUGGACAUGGACGUGGACGUGGACGUGGACAUGGACGUUGACAUCGACGUGGACGUGGAGGACUUGGACGUGGACUUGGACGUGGACGUGGACGUGAACAUGGACGUGGACAUGGACGUGGACAUGGACGUGGACAUAGACGUGGACAUGGACGUGGAUAUGGACGUGGACAUGGACGUGGACAUGGACGUGGACGUGGACGUGGACGUGGACGUGGACGUGGACGUGGACGUUGACAUGGACAUGGACGUGGACAUGGACUUGGACAUGGACGUGGACAUGGACAUGGACGUGAACGUGGACAUGGACGAGGACAUGGACGUGGACGUGGACAUGGAGGUGGACAUGGACGUGGACAUGGACGUGGACGUGGACGUGGACAUGGACGUGGACAUCGACGUGGACGUGGAGGACUUGGAGGUGGACUUGGACGUGGACGUGGACGUGGACAUGGACGUGGACAUGGACGUGGACAUGGACGUGGACAUGGACGUGGACAUGGACGUGGACGUGGACGUGGAGGACUUGGACGUGGACAUGGACAUGGACGUGGACGUGGACAUGGACGUGGACAUGGACGUGGACAUGGACGUGGAUAUGGACGUGGACAUGGACGUGGACAUGGACGUGGACGUGGACGUGGACGUGGACGUGGACGUGGACAUGGACGUGGACGUGGACGUGGACAUGGACGUGGACGUGGAUGUGGACAUGGACGUGGACGUGGACGUGGACAUGGAUGUGGACGUGGACGUGGACGUGGACGUUGACGUGGACGUGGACGUGGACAUGGACUUGGACGUGGACGUGGAUGUGGACAUGGUCGUGAACGUGGACGUGGACGUGGACAUGGACGUGGAUCUGGACAUGGACGUGGACGUGGACGUGGACAUGGACGUGGACGUGGACGUGGAUGUGGACCUGGACAUGGACGUUGACAUGGACGUGGACAUGGACGUGGACAUGGACGUGGACGUGGACGUGGACAUGGACGUGGACAUGGACGUGGACAUGGACGUGGACGUGGACGUGGAGGACUUGGACGUGGACAUGGACAUGGACGUGGACGUGGACAUGGACGUGGACAUGGACGUGGACAUGGACGUGGACAUGGACGUGGACGUGGACGUGGAGGACUUGGACGUGGACAUGGACAUGGACGUGGACGUGGACAUGGACGUGGACAUGGACGUGGACAUGGACGUGGAUAUGGACGUGGACAUGGACGUGGACAUGGACGUGGACGUGGACGUGGACGUGGACGUGGACGUGGACAUGGACGUGGACGUGGACGUGGACAUGGACGUGGACGUGGAUGUGGACAUGGACGUGGACGUGGACGUGGACAUGGAUGUGGACGUGGACGUGGACGUGGACGUUGACGUGGACGUGGACGUGGACAUGGACUUGGACGUGGACGUGGAUGUGGACAUGGUCGUGAACGUGGACGUGGACGUGGACAUGGACGUGGACAUGGACGUGGACAUGGACGUGGACAUGGACAUGGACGUGAACGUGGACAUGGACGUGGACAUGGACGUGGACGUGGACAUGGAGGUGGACAUGGACGUGGACAUGGACGUGGACGUGGACGUGGACAUGGACGUGGACAUCGACGUGGACGUGGAGGACUUGGACGUGGACUUGGACGUGGACGUGGACGUGAACAUGGACGUGGACAUGGACGUGGACAUGGACGUGGACAUAGACGUGGACAUGGACGUUGACGUGGACGUGGAGAACUUGGACGUGGACAUGGACAUGGACGUGGACGUGGACAUGGACGUGGACAUGGACGUGGACAUGGACGUGGACAUGGACGUGGACAUGGACGUGGACAUGGACGUGGACGUGGACGUGGACGUGGACGUGGACAUGGACGUGGACGUGGACGUGGACAUGGACGUGGACGUGGACAUGGACGUGGACGUGGACGUGGACGCGGACGUGGACAUGGACGUGGACAUGGACGUGGACGUGGACAUGAACGUGGACGUGGACGUGGACGUAGACAUGGACGUGGACAUGGACGUGGACAUGGACGUGGACGUGGACAUGGACGUGGACGUGGACGUGGACUUGGACGUGGACGUGGACGUGGACAUGGACGUGGACGUGGACGUGGACAUGGACGUGGACGUGGACGUGGACAUGGACGUGGACGUGGACGUAGACAUGGACAUGGACGUGGACGUAGAUGUGGACAUGGACGUGGACGUGGACGUGGACGUGGACAUGGACGUGGACAUGGACGUGGACGUGGACAUGAACGUGGACGUGGACGUGGACGUAGACAUGGACGUGGACAUGGACGUGGACAUGGACGUGGACGUGGACGUGGACAUGGACGUGGACAUGGACGUGGACAUGGACGUGGACGUGGACGUGGACGUGGACAUGGACGUGGAUGUGGAUGUGGACGUGGACGUGUACAUGGACGUGGACAUGGACGUGGACAUGGACGUGGACGUGGACGUGGACGUGGACAUAGACGUGGACGUGGACGUGGACGUGGAGGACUUGGACGUGGACAUGGACGUGGACGUGGACGUGGACGUUGAGGACUUGGACGUGGACAUGGACGUGGACGUGGACGUGGAUGUGGACGUGGACAUGGACGUGGUCGUGGACGUGGACGUGGACGUGGACGUGGACAUGGUCGUGGACGUGGACAUGGUCGUUGACGUGGACGUGGACGUGGACAUGGACGUGGACGUGGACGUGGACGUGGAUGUGGACAUGGUCGUCGACGUGGACGUGGACGUGGACAUGGACGUGGACAUGGAUGUGGACAUGGACGUGGACAUGGACAUGGACGUGAACGUGGACAUGGACGUGGACAUGGACGUGGACGUGGACAUGGAGGUGGACAUGGACGUGGACAUGGACGUGGACGUGGAUAUGGACGUGGACAUCGACGUGGACGUGGAGGACUUGGAGGUGGACUUGGACGUGGACUUGGACGUGGACAUGGACGUGGACAUGGACGUGGACAUGGACGUGGACAUGGACGUGGACAUGGACGUGGACGUGGACGUGGAGGACUUGGACGUGGACAUGGACAUGGACGUGGACGUGGACGUGGACAUGGACGUGGACAUGGACGUGGACAUGGACGUGGAUAUGGACGUGGACAUGGACGUGGACAUGGACGUGGACAUGGACGUGGACGUGGACAUGGACGUGGACGUGGACGUGGACGUAGACAUGGACGUGGACAUGGACGUGGACAUGGACGUGGACGUGGACGUGGACAUGGACGUGGACAUGGACGUGGACAUGGACGUGGACGUGGACGUGGACGUGGACAUGGACGUGGACGUGGAUGUGGACGUGGACGUGUACAUGGACGUGGACAUGGACGUGGACAUGGACGUGGACGUGGACGUGGACGUGGACAUAGACGUGGACGUGGACGUGGACGUGGAGGACUUGGACGUGGACAUGGACGUGGACGUGGACGUGGACAUUGAGGACUUGGACGUGGACAUGGAUGUGGACGUGGACGUGGAUGUGGACGUGGACAUGGACGUGGUCGCGGACGUGGACGUGGACGUGGACGUGGACAUGGUCGUGGACGUGGACAUGGUCGUUGACGUGGACGUGGACGUGGACAUGGACGUGGACGUGGACGUGGACGUGGAUGUGGACAUGGUCGUCGACGUGGACGUGGACGUGGACAUGGACGUGGACAUGGAUGUGGACAUGGACGUGGACAUGGACAUGGACGUGAACGUGGACAUGGACGUGGACAUGGAUGUGGACGUGGACAUGGAGGUGGACAUGGACGUGGACAUGGACGUGGACGUGGAUAUGGACGUGGACAUCGACGUGGACGUGGAGGACUUGGAGGUGGACUUGGACGUGGACGUGGACGUGGACAUGGACGUGGACAUGGACGUGGACAUGGACGUGGACAUGGACGUGGACAUGGACGUGGACGUGGACGUGGAGGACUUGGACGUGGACAUGGACAUGGACGUGGACGUGGACGUGGACAUGGACGUGGACAUGGACGUGGACAUGGACGUGGAUAUGGACGUGGACAUGGACGUGGACAUGGACGCGGACGUGGACGUGGACGUGGACAUGGACGUGGACGAGGACGUGGACAUGGACGUGGACGUGGACGUGGACAUGGACGUGGACGUGGAUGUGGACGUGGACGUGGACGUUGACGUGGACGUGGACGUGGACGUGGACGUGGAUGUGGACAUGGUCGUGGACGUGGACGUAGACGUGGACAUGGACGUGGACAUAGACGUGGACAUGGACGUGGACGUUGACGUGGACGUGGACGUGGACGUUGACGUGGACAUGGACGUGGACGUGGACGUGGACGUGGACAUGGACGUGGACGUGGACGUGGACAUGGACGUGGACGUGGACGUGGUUGGGACAUGGACGUGGACGUGGACGUGGACAUGGACGUGGACGUGGACGUGGACGUGGACAUGGACGUGGACAUGGACGUGGACGUGA